AUGGAGGUCGAGCGGUUGAUCCCGCCCCUAGAGGAGAUGUCCAUGUUCCGGAAACUGACGAACACUACGUACUUGACUUUCCUGCUGACUGGUAUCGGGUUGCUAUGGCCUUGGAACAAUAUCUUGAGUGCGACGCUGUACUUCCAAGAUACGAUAUUCAAACACACCACCGUGUAUGCACAGGUGUUCACCAGCUCGAUGAUGAGUGUGUCUACCUUGGCGUCAUUGAUCUUUAACGUUUACAUUGGUACGCGGCAACACUCGUACGUCGAAAGAGUCACUAGGGGCCUUAUCUGGCAGAUCAUCGUGUUCGUCCUGCUCACCGUUCUGUGUCUUGUGACGGGCAGUGACGAGAGCAGGGGGGCACCGCUGUGGGUGACAUUCACGCUCGUUAUGAUGUUGGUCGCGAUGAGUGCAAUGGCGACGGCGCUCACGCAGAACGGGAUCCUAGCGAUCGCUAACGUGUUUGGACCAGAGUUCAGCCAGGCAGUCAUGCUGGGCCAAGCCAUCGCUGGGGUGCUCCCCUCCGUGGUGCUCUUCAUACUGCUACUUUUCAGUAGUGAUGGUGCAAAGGGACAAAGCCAGACGGGGAUCCUUCUUUACUUCCUGACCACAAGCGGCGUGUGUCUCGUAUGCAUCGCCCUUUACAAGUCGAGUAGAAUCAGCGACAAACUGCUCAUCCUUACGUCGCAGGACGAAAGGGAAUCACACUCCCUGGACAACAACGGUGGUCACGUCCCACUGUCUCUACUGUUCAAGAAAUUGAAGUACUUAGUGCUGUCUAUCUUCAGCACUUUCGUAGUGUCACUUUCGUUCCCCGUGUUCGCAUCCGCAGUGGCAGUGGGCAAGCUGCCCAUCAAGAAUUUCCAGUUCAUCCCACUCGUGUUCACAAUCUGGAACCUGGGCGAUCUCUACGGGAGGGUCAUUGCAGACCUUCCCUUCUUCCGCGAUGCAUCGUUCACGCCUUACAAAACAUUCGUGUACUCAAUAGCGAGAGUCGCAACGAUCCCACUUUUCCUAUACUACACAAGACAGAGCAUCGACGAGAGACACACCUGGUGGCUGGACAUCGGGUACCUGUUCCUACAGUUCGUGUUCGGCGUUACCAACGGCCACAUCGUCUCGAUCAGUUUCAUGAAAGUGCCAGGCCAAUUGGACUCCGACGACGAACGCGAGGCCGCAGGUGGGUUCACCAACAUUUUCGCGUCCGUGGGGCUCACCGUCGGGAGUGUCCUCAGUUACACGCUCGUGUACCUCGUCGCAGCGAUGCGGCAUCACGUACCAGCACCAGCAGUGGACCGGUAG